AUGCAGCUAGUGGUGGCGGCCGUUUCACUCCUGGCCAACGGCUCCGCCGAUGGUUGGACUGACGAGCUGAAAUCUGACAAGCUGCUAGGGUUGUGCAAGUGCUUCCCCUCGGCCAAUGAAUCAAUCCCAUUCUCCGAGAAGACAGAACAUGCCUUUGGCAAGCCCAAAGCAAGUCAUCCCAUGUACGCGCCUCUCUUCUCCUGUUCGGACAUCCAAGUGAACACGCAGCACGGCCCCGACCACCUGGACGUGAAGGAGGAUGACCGGUCUGCGGAUGUGGCCAUUGUAAAGUUGGAAUACUCGAGAGUUCCGCCCACCAGUCCUAACUCCCCCUUCUUCGGCACACCACUACAAGUAACGGCGGUCGCGGGGUGUGCAUGGCUGCAUGGGCUGCAUGGAUGGCUACUGGUGCAGUAA